AUGUCUGACACGCACACCUACGAGUUCGACGUCACCAUGACCUGCGGCGGCUGCUCCGGCGCCAUCGACCGUGUCCUCAAGAAGCUUGAAGGCGUCGAAAGCUACGAAGUCUCCCUCGAGAACCAAAAGGCAAAGGUCGUCACCGCGCUGCCCUACGAGACGGUCCUGACCAAGAUUGCCAAGACGGGCAAGAAGAUCAACUCGGCGACGGCCGACGGCGUGCCGCAGUCUGUUGAGGUGUCUGCGUAG